UAACAACUUGAAUAGUUUGUUUUUUUUUUGUUCGGUUUAAAACCGAACUGAACCAAAACCAAUAUAUUUAGUAGUUAGCUUAAAUAAUAUAUUCAUGAUAUUAAGAUAUUACCAUCCUUUGAUAUAAACUCAACUUUUUAGCAUUGAUGAUCAAAAGUGAUGUUUGUUUUCUUUUAUGUUGUGUAGAUUGCUUUUAAGUGAAUUACACCAAAUCCAAGCCAAUAUUAAUUCGAUAUAAACCAAACUCAACAUAAAUCAAACCGAAUACAAAUUAAACAUAAUCAAAAUGGAAUCAACCCAAAAUUGAACCAAAAUGGUCAUGCCUAAUUUAUAUACACAAAAUCAGUUUCAGUAAACAUUUAGUUGUAGUUUAUUUUGGUUGUUCUCCAUCUAUUUAAAGUUACGGAGCAGUCACAGUUUAACUAUUCAUAAAUCGGCCGGGGGGUUAAUUUAUAAUUAAGAUAUUCAGUGAUGAGGUUACUUUACAAGUGGCCGUCCGACGUGGAUGAUUGUAAUUGGUGGAUAAAGUGAUUAUGUCACGUCUAAAAUAAUAAAGUAUAUGUUAUUAUUUAAUUAAAUGGAAUCGUUCCCGACAAAGCAAAAGCUCUACGCACGACAACCUUCUCUGUCCCUUCACACGUAUAAAGUCGCCGGCGAGAGAAGAAGUUUCCGGACAGUCACGCGUGCCAUUUUCUCAAUAUAAAUAGAAUUCACAUUUUUGUUUCUCACACCAUCAAAAAUUUUCUUUCUUCAAAUUCGUUCUUCGCUGGUAAAAGAGAAAAUCUUCCGUUACAUCAGAUUUCUAAGAGUUUCUCAGCAAUGUCGAUGGUAACUGUAAAAGUUAGCAAUGUUUCUCUAGCAGUAACGGAACGAGAACUCAAAGAAUUUUUUUCUUUUUCCGGCGAGAUUGUUCACCUCGAGAUGCAAAGUGAGAAUGAAGGAGGUUCUAAGCUAGCAUAUGUUACAUUCAAAGAUUUACAAGGAGCUGAGACCGCAGUUCUCCUCACUGGAGCGACAAUUGUUGAUUCAUCGGUCACGGUCACAAUGUCACCAGAUUACCAACUACCUCCUGAUGCGUUAGCUUCCAUUGAAUCAUCGAAAGAGAGCGACAAAUCAUCAUCAUCAUCUCCUCCAAAGGAAGAUGUAUCUGUAUUCAGAAAGGCUGAAGAUGUCGUACGCAAUAUGAUUUCGAAAGGGUUUAUUCUUGGGAAAGACGCGAUAGCUAAAGCAAAAAGCCUUGAUGAGAAGCAUCAGCUCACAUCAACAGCUUCAGCUAAAGUCACAUCCUUCGACAAGAGAAUCGGGUUCACUGAGAAAAUCAACACCGGGACAACUGCUGUGAGCGGGAAAGUCAAAGAAGUUGAUCAGAAGUUUCAAGUCACUGAGAAAACCAAAUCAGCAAUCGCUGCGGCAGAGCAAACCGUGAGCAAUGCUGGCUCCACCAUAAUGAAAAACCGGUAUGUUUUGACUGGUACCACGUGGGUUGCUGGUGCGUUUGAAAAAGUGAGUAAAGCUGCAGAAGAAGUCGGACAAAAGGCGAAGGAGAAAGUUGGAAGGGCUCAAGAAGAUGAAGAGAAGAAAAAAGAGGUUGAUGAAGUAGCUAGUGUUCAUUUUUCUGAAUCACCAAAGGCUUUAGACCAACCAGAACAAGAUUCAAAACUCUCUGUAUCACCAAAGGAUUUAGACCAACCAGAACACGAUUCAAAACUCUCUGAAUCACAGCUGCAACCGCAUAAACAGGAGGAGUCUACUCCAAGUGUUGCUUCGGGACAGCCUUGAAAUACAUAUAAGAAUCUUUAAAUUUUGUUGCUGCUGCUGCUGUUGUUGUUUACUUUCUUUCUUCUUGUUUCUCUUCACUUGUAAAAAAAUGGUGAGUCUCCUGAAAAUUAAACCUUCUUUUUUUUGUGUUGUUGUUGCUAAGGGUAUUAAAUAAAUUACGUUAUUGUUUUAAA